GUUGCAACUUCAUCGUCUCCAAUUCAUCAAUUCAUAACCUAAUCAAUCAAUCGUCUUCUUCAGUGCAGAGAGAAUUUUGAUUCGAAGUGGUUUGAUUAUCCGCCAUGACUGUGGAGGUUGUUAAGCUUGAAGGUGCUUCAAUGGCGGCUGUGGAGGUUCCAGAUGAGCCGAAGAAGGUUGUUAUUGAAGAGGAAAAGGAAGAAAAAAGCGCUGUGAAGACUGUUGAAGAUGAAGCGUUGAAGCCAUCCGCCAUUGAUAAGAGCUCUUCUUACAAAGAAGAAAGCAACCAUCUCUCUGAUUUGAAGGAAUUCGAGAAGAAAGCUUUGGCUGAACUUAAAUCCAAACUCGAAGAAGCCAUUCUUGGGAAUAAUCUCUUCAAAGAAGAUGAACCCAUUAAGAAGGAGAAAGAAACAGAGCAACCCAUUAAAGAAACAGAGCAAUCCAUUGAAGAAACAGAGCAAUCCAUUGAAGAAACAGAGCAGAAACCAGAGGAGAAGAACAACGAAGAACAAACCCAGAAAAUCAACGAGGAGAUAAUGGAAGUUUCUCUUUGGGGGGUUCCUCUGUUACCAAGCAAAGGAACAGAGGCCACUGAUGUGAUACUCUUGAAGUUCUUAAGAGCAAGAGAAUUCAAAGUGAAUGAAGCAUACGAAAUGCUUCAAAAAACCCUUUCAUGGCGGAAGAAAUCCAACAUCGAUUCCAUCUUGAAAGAGGAAUUCCCCUCCGAUUUGGAAUCUGCAGCGCUCAUGAACGGCGUCGAUCGUGAAGGACACCCAGUUUGCUACAAUGUCUUUGGAGUUUUCGAAACCGAAGAUCUUUACCAGAAAACGUUCGGAACAGAGGAGAAAACAGAGCAGUUCUUAAGAUGGAGAUUCCAAGUUAUGGAGAAAGGGAUUCAAAAGCUCGAUCUGAAACCUGGUGGGGUUUCUUCUCUGCUUCAGAUUAACGAUUUGAAGAACUCCCCUGGCCCCGUUAAGAAAGAGCUCAGAAUCGCCACCAAGAAAGCCGUCGCAAUUUUACAGGACAAUUACCCUGAAUUUGUCGCCAAGAAUAUAUUCAUCAAUGUUCCAUUUUGGUACUACGCGUUAAACGCUCUGCUUUCGCCGUUCUUAACUCAAAGAACCAAGAGCAAGAUCGUAGUAGCUCGACCAGCAAAAGUAACCGAAACCCUUUUAAAGUACAUUCCAGCAGAGGAAAUCCCCGUCCAAUACGGCGGUUUCAAGAGAGAAAACGACGGCGCGUUCACCCCAGAAGACAGCGGCGUUUCAGAGCUGAACCUGAAGGCAGGUUCGACGGCGUCCAUUGAAAUUCCGGCAGGUCAGGGGGAGAGCCAAGUGAUCUGGGAUCUGACGGUGGUGGGUUGGGAAGUGAAUUAUAAAGAGGAAUUUGUGCCGUCAGAUGAAGGGUCGUACACGAUUAUUGUGCAGAAGGGGAAGAAGAUGAGUGGCAGUGAAGAACCGGUGAGGAACAGUUUUAGGAACAGUGAGGCAGGGAAGAUUGUGCUGACAGUGGAGAAUGUUUCGAACAAGAAGAAGAGGGUUUUGUAUCGAUUCAAGACGAAGAAUAUCGAGUGAUUGUUCUUGGUUGUGUUGUGUGUUCAUACAAAUUUUAUUUAUAGAUAUUUGAGAGAGAGAGCAUUCUUUUGCAGGAUAAUUCUUGUGAUCUUAUAUUUGUUUGAAGUUCUUUUGUUGUGUUCUUACAGGAGUUUAUGUAUUAUUAUUUAUUUGUUCUUGAUU